AAUAUUUUAUCAAUUAAUGAAAAUAAUGUGAAAUUUCCACAGACCAAUUAAUUCUCAUUAUUUCCAAUUUAGUUACUGACAUUAAAGGAUUCCUUUUUAAUAAAUAGAGCAUUUGUAAGAGUAGGUAGUUUAGUGGCGAAACAGUCACUAAUAUUAUUUAGAAAAAUGGACUCCCAAAUUGAAAAUUUUUUUUCAGAAAUAGAAAAUCUAAUUGAACUUCAACUCCAAGAGAACAUUCAAGAUAAGUCAGAGUUAAUUGAUGAAUUAGAAGAAGAUAAUGAGGAGUUAUACAAAUUUUUUAAGUUCAAGUAUCAUACAACAUAUGCUAGCUAUUUAAAAACCGUUGGCGAAGUAGACAAUGCUACUAAGCAGCAAAAUUUAGCAAAGGGAUACAAAAAUUUUGAGAGUAUGGAUCCUCACAAAAAAGAAUCGAUACUAUUUAUGAAUGCCAAGUUAAAUCUAAAUCAAGUUUCUGAGGAAAAAUCUCUACUAGAAGAUGUAGAGAAGCAAUUAAAAAAUAUUCAACCCAUUUUAGGAGAUAAUAUUCUUGAAUCUAUCAGACAAAUCUUUAAACAACUCAUUAAGUUACCAGUAACUUUUAGAGAGUAUGAGGAAAUUGUUAAUUAUGCAACUCAUUUAAAUAAGACAAUAGAUGCUUUAAUUUAUGAGGGGAUAAUUAAUUUGGAAGUACCUCAGAAUGCAGAAACCAAUGAAGUCGAACAAUUGGAGCAUCAAAUCAAAACUAUAGUUGAAAGAAAUAAAAAUAAGCAAGAAUUUAUAGAUUCUUUAAAACGUUUAAAAGAUUUGGCUUCAGAAAUAACUUAUUCAAGAAGAAUAGCUUUUAUACAGCAUGUUUUGAACUCUUCAAAUAAAAAAGAAGAAGAAAUUAACAAACGCUCCAGAAAACUCGCUUCUUACUUCCAUCCUGAUAAAACUAAUAAGCCCAAUACUCCAAAUAGCCUUCGAGACAAACAUAAAAACCUAGGCGCUGAUAUAUUUAAAGUCAUUCAAGAAUUUAGAGAUAUCUUGUUGUCUGAAUUAAGAGCAAAUGAGCUUUGGAAAUUAACAAUUGAUUUUCGUAAUGCAGCUAAAGGACAAUGGGAUAAACUAAAAGUGUUAAAAAAAGAUGAAAUUAAAGAAUUUUCCUCUGAAGAAUUAGAGAAUUUUAGUGUAUCAAAUGGAAUAUUAGCCUAUCAGGAAUAUCGAGCAGCUUGCAAAAUUGUUGAUAGAGAAAAACAGCUAAAAAAACAAGUAAAACUACGAGGAAGUAUGGCAUUAUCCCAAUUAUAUGCUUUAUCAGCAAUUCAGUUGCAACUUAAGAAUCCUCAAAAGGUUACGAGACAGGAUUUAAUUGACGCAACAAAUAUAUUUGACAAAGUUAAAAAUGGGAAUAUUACUGAAGCAAAUCCUAAACCAAAUACCGAGAUUAAGCUAAAAAGCAAUUCAUUGGCUUUAGUAAAAAUAGCUUUUUGUCGUUCAAUUAAUGAAGAUAUGGAAAAAUUAAGUACAGAAUUACUACUUAAGCCAGAUCGCAGUUUAGUUCGUUAUCAAGCUGCUCAAGAAGAAAUUUUACAUGCAAAAAAACGUGCCUCUAAAUAUAAAAUGGCGGGAUGGGCAACGUUCGCAGCUGGAGGCUUAGCAAGCACCGUUGGUAUUGCUGAAUCAGCGACAGCGUUUAUGAUUGCAGGUCCAAUUGCAGGACUAUUUGCUAUAGGUUUAGGAAUAUAUUGCGGCACUAAACUAUGGAGAAAAGGCUCAUCUCUUUUGGAAGAACCAGAGAUUCGUGAAAAUCUCAACGAAAUUAUGAAAGAUGCGCUGAAAGCUUAUGAUAAAGGAAAUUAUCAAGCAUUCUUCGAACAACUUUCUAAAAAAUAUGAUGAAAAUGGUUCUCGACUUUUUAAAUUGGAAGAACGUGAGGAUUCUAUUAUACCAAAAGAUAUAAUAGAUUCACUUUUAAUUCAUGGCUUUAGAUCGGAUGGUAUUGCAUACCUUUUAAAUUUACUUGGUGAAGUCUUAAAUAGUGGGAAAAUAGAAAUUAAAGGAAAAACAGGAAAAAUAGAAAAAACAACAGAUGAAUUAAAGGAUCUAGCAAAAAAUGUUUUUCUUGGGGUUCUAAGUGAAAGACUUAAAGAACAGGCUAAAAAAUUAGAUGACCGUGUUAAUAAUUUACGUAGCCGUAAAUUCUUUAAAAGUUUUAGCGAUAAGGUUAAGGAUUUUUUUUCAUUUCAAGAGUACAGUGAUAUAGCUAAAGUACACAGAGAUGACGCUCAAGAAAUGCCAUUCCAGUCGAGAUUAGGAGAAAUGUGUAAUAUUGCAAGAAUUAAUCUCUCAAUUUUUGAUAUAAUACACGGCGGUCAGAUAGAAGUUGACCGAGCUAAAGAAACUAUUAAAAAAAUUCGAGAUUCAAUUAAUUGUGAGCAUCAAUUUGUUGGUAUGGCUAAAUCACGCUUAGAAGCUUUGGAGGAUUUAUUAUGGGUUGUUAAUGGUGAUGAACAACCUAAGGAAUCACCUGAACUACUUCAAAUUACUUUCUCAGCAGAUACCAUGAAUUAUAUUGACAACAAAUAUCUUCGUUAUCUUGAUGAAAAACUACAGCAGACAACUUCUAAUCAAGAAAAAAUAGAAAUAUAUAACAAGAUAGCGGUUUUUUACGGACAAUUAGCCGAAAAAGAAGACAAAAUUAACCGAUUAAACAGCUUAAAAUAUUGGUAUCAUGCUCAAAAAAGUUAUGAACAUAUACGUGAAAUGGAUGUCGAUAAUCUUGAUGCCACGCUUGGUUUUGCAAAAUGUCUCCUAAAAUUGUCUAAGUAUACGCAGGUUGUUAAGCUUCUUGAUACCAAUCAAGGUUUAACCUCUUCAUCGGAGUAUUUGUACUAUUGUAGUAUUGCUUAUUGUAGGAAAAAUGAUUAUGAUAAAGCAAACGAGAAAAUUGUUCAUGCAUUGAGUAUAGAUUCUAGAAACAAAUCAGCUAGUAGGCAAUGUGAAAUUCUCAAAAAACUAAAAAAAAAUACGAUUACAAGUCGAACUAAACGCUAUAAUUAUUAUAAAAAGAAUAUUAAAUAUGAAAGAAGUUAUUUAGUAAAUUCGCGUAAUAAUAACCCAAUUUAUAACGUACUCUCAAUUGAUGGAGGAGGAAUACGUGGAGUAUUACCUGCUUUAUGGCUCAGUGAGAUUGAGAAUCGUACUCAUAGACCCAUUUCUCAUCUAUUUAAUAUGAUAGCUGGAACAUCAACAGGCGGGUUUAUCGCUGCUGGACUGUCGGCACCAGAUUGGUCAUAUUCAGAAGAAAAAGUGUAUAAUUAUUCAGAUUUCAAGCCAAAAUUUUCAGCUUUAGAAUUAUUAAAUUUUUACCGGGAAGGUCAAGCAAAGGACAUAUUCGCUAAAAAAUGGCUGAAUUACUACAAGAGGCUAUUUUCUCCGUCAUCAGAGUUUAAUCAUUAUUUUCGGGAUCAAUUUUGCGAGACACGAUUAAGCCAAGCACUUACUGAAUUAGUUAUCCCAGCAGCAAAUGUAAUUGAUAACUCCACAUAUUUAUUUACACGUUAUGAUGCUCAUAACGAUUCCUCAAAAGAUCACACCUUUAUUGAAGCUUUAAUGGCCACAACAGCUACACCUACUUUUUUUUCGCCUUAUAAUGGCUAUAUAGAUGGAGGAAUGCAUCUCAAUAAUCCGGCAAUGGCAGCUUACAAUGAAGCUAUUCGAUAUGAAGUAUCAAGUAAAAGGGUUUCGGUGCUCUCUUUGGGCACAGGUGAAUAUAUACCAGACCCUUUAAAUCCAGACAAAUACUGGGAUCAACUUUUUUGGCCAAAAGAUAACCAUAAUGCGCAAGAAUGUAACACCGAUUCUCAAUUGUACAAUACGUUGGGAAAUUGCUAUCAACGAUGGCAAGUUUUUUUUGAAGAACCUAUAGGAUUUAAUGAUAUCCAGAGUAUCCCUUAUCUCUUAGAGAUAGGUAAUCAGUAUAUAGAAGAGCUCGAUGCUUCGGAUGACAAUCCUAUGAACAAGCUG